ACAUUUAAAAUGGAAGGUCGAGAUAAUAACGGCUUCAUUGGUGACAAUAGUCCCUCUAUAGCGGGACAGUUUCGCUGGAACACUCCACCAUCGUCAAAUGGUGUUAAUGUUUCCAGUAUCCAGCAUGGUGUAGCGCUUACCGAUGUCGAACUGGCCGGAGGUAAAACCGUUCACAGGAUCACACCGCCGGAAGAUACAGCUCGCAAUGGAACCGCAACUGCAAUUCCCGUACAGACCGGCGAUGGUGUUGCCGAACGAGAUCAGUGGGGUAAGGGUGUGGAGUUCCUGAUGUCCUGUAUCGCCAUGUCCGUUGGACUCGGCAAUGUGUGGCGAUUUCCGUUCGUAGCACUCGAGAAUGGUGGCGGUGCAUUCGUGAUACCGUACAUUAUUGUGCUGCUGCUGGUCGGCAAACCGGUCUACUACAUGGAAAUGAUCAUUGGACAGUUCUCUAGCAGGGGCAGUGUUAAGGUGUACGAUAUGGCACCGAUCAUGCGUGGUGUUGGCUAUGGGCAGCUGUUCUCGGUGACUACACUAAUAACGUAUUACUCUUCGCUCAUGGCACUAAUUGCACGGUAUAUGAUAGACUCGUUCAUGAAUCCGCUACCUUGGGCUAGGUGUCGCCAGGAAUGGCUACCGAACUGUGUUGAUUCGGCGGAGUCCAAAGCGAUACGAUCGGAACCAGCAUCUGGUAAUGUCAGCGUCACAGGUUCCACGGUAGCCAGUAGUUCGGAGUUGUACUUUACUAAGGUUGUGCUGAAAGAGCUAGAUGGGAUUGACGACGGAAUUGGACUACCCGAUCUAAGGCUUACCCUCUUCCUGGUCCUAUCAUGGUCGCUAGUGCUCCUGACCCUGAUCAAAGGUGUGAAAAGUUCCGGCAAAGCAUCCUACUUUCUAGCCCUCUUCCCGUACGUCGUCAUGACCGUCCUUCUUAUUCGUGCCUGCACACUCCCCGGCGCAGUAGACGGUAUCGUGUACUUCCUCAAACCACAGUGGGACAAAAUUUACGAUCCCAAGGUGUGGUACGCCGCUGUGACGCAGUGUUUCUUCUCGCUUUCGAUCUGUUUCGGUAACAUCAUCAUGUACUCGUCGUACAACAAAUUCCGACACAAUGUGUAUCGGGAUGCGACGAUCGUUACGUCGAUCGACACAUUCACCUCUCUGCUGGCCGGAUGUACAAUCUUUGGGAUUUUGGGCCAUUUGGCACACGUUACCGGUAAGACGGAUGUCGGUAACGUUGUCAAAUCGGAUGCCGGGUUGGCGUUCAUUUCGUAUCCGGAAGCGAUCGCAAAGUUUGAGGUACUGCCGCAAGCGUUUUCGGUGCUGUUCUUCCUGAUGCUGUUCGUGCUGGGGAUCGGUAGCAAUGUGGCGAUGACGUCGUGCGUUAUGACGGUUAUCAAGGAUCAGUUUCCGAGGGUGCGCAACUGGCAGGCGGCCACGAUUAUCGCUGUCUGUGGUGUGCUGCUUGGAAGCAUUUAUGUUACACCGGGUGGUCAGUACGUCCUGAAGCUGGUAGAUUACUAUGGAGCUUCGUCAAUCGCUUUGGUGCUCGCGAUUGCUGAGCUGAUUGCAAUCGGAUGGGUUUACGGUGUCGAUCGGCUGUGUAAGGACACCGAGUUUAUGCUGGGACAUCGGCCCAAUCUUUACUGGAGGCUUUGCUGGCGCUGGAUCACACCACUGCUUAUGUUUGUGAUACUCAUCUACAACCUUGUCACGCUAGAACCACUUAUGUACAAGCAGUACGUGUAUCCGACGAUUGCAUACGACAUCGGUUGGUGCAUUUUCGCAUUCGGACUUCUGCAGCUUCCCAUUUGGGCCGCUUAUGCCGUCUACAAGCAGAGUGGAAAAUCGCUUAACGAGAAAAUUAAAGACGCCUUCAAACCUACAGCUGCCUGGGGACCGCUAGAUCCCGCGACACACUACGAGUACAAAAAAUUCAUCAACGAGGACUAA